GAUCAGGCACAUUCUCCCACGGUAGACAUGAAGUUGGUGUGGUUGGCAGCGGUCCUCGCGGUGGCUACGGCCUCCGUGGUCAAGGAUGACCAUUAUGGUUAUCUUAUUGGAAAGGAUAUGAUGAUGAACUUGGACAUCAAGACCAAGGAAAUAUGUAUAAUGAAACUGCUGAACCACAUCCUGCAGCCGACCAUGUACGAUGACAUCAAGGAGGUCGCCCGCGAGUACGUGCUCGAGGAGAACCUCGACAAGUACUUGCAAAUUGAUGUCGUGAAGAAGUUCAUCGGCAUGUUCAAGAUGGGUCUGCUGCCGCGCGGCGAGAUCUUCGUCCACAGCAACGAACUACACAUUGAGCAGGCUGUCAUGGUCUUCAAGCUGCUCUACUUCGCUAAGGACUUUGACUCCUUCAUCAGGACCGCCUGCUGGCUCAGGGAGCGCAUCAACGGCGGCAUGUUCGUCUACGCCCUCACCUGCGCUGUCUUCCACAGGCUCGACUGCCGCGGUAUCACCAUGCCCGCUCCUUACGAAAUCUACCCCUACUUCUUUGUCGACAGCCACAUCAUUAACAAAGCUUUCAUGAUGAAAAUGACCAAAGCAGCCAAGGAUCCGUUCAUCUACGACUACUACGGUAUCAAGGUUACUGACAAGAACCUAGUCGUAAUCGACUGGCGUAAGAGCGUCCGCCAUGUUCUUUCCAAGGACGACAAAAUCUCCUACUUCACCGAGGACAUCGACCUGAACACUUACAUGUACUACUUGCACAUGAACUAUCCUUACUGGAUGACCAACGAUGUCUAUGGUCUGCACAAGGAGCGUCGCGGUGAAGUUAUGAUGUACGCCUACCAGCAACUUUUGGCCAGAUACCGUCUGGAACGUCUUUCUCACGGUCUUUGCGAUAUUAAGAUGAUAAUGUGGAACGACGUGCUCAAGAACGGCUACUGGCCUAAGAUCCGUCUGCAUACUGGUGAUGAAAUGCCCGUCCGUCACAACUACGUUCAACUUGUUACUAAAGAGAACCUGAAGGAUAAGAUUCUGUUGGACGACAUCGAGAAGAUCAUCCGUGAAGGAAUCCUUACUGGACAAAUUGUCCGACGCGACGGAACCACCAUAAGCUUAAAGAAGACUGAAGAUGUAGAGUACCUGUGUAGACUGAUCCUCGGUGGAAUGGGCCUGCAGCACGACGACGCCAAGGUCAUCCAUGUCACCAAUGUCAUGAAGCAACUCCUGUCUUACAACCUGUACAAUGUUAACAAGUAUACUUAUGUGCCGACUGCUCUCGAUAUGUACACUACUUGUCUGCGUGAUCCGCUGUUCUGGAGGGUGAUGAAGCGUGUCGUCGAGUCUGUCGUUCUGUUCAAGAAGCUCCUGCCCAGAUACACGCGCGACGAACUCGACUUCCCCGGAGUCAAAAUCGAGCGCAUCGUCACCGACGAACUGGUCACCUUCAUGGAUGAAUACGACAUGGACAUUACCAACGCUCUGUACCUCGAUGAAUCCGAGAUGCACAAGAAACGCUCCGACUACACUUACGUGGCUCGCAUGCGUCGUCUUAACCACCAUCCGUUCAAGGUCACCAUGGACGUCGUCUCCGACAAGGCGGUUGAGGCCGUGGUCCGCGUUUUCAUCGGUCCCAAGUACGACUGCAUGGGUCGUCUCAUGAGCGUCAACGACAAACGCCUCGACAUGGUCGAGAUCGACAGCUUCCUCUACAAACUGGACACUGGCAAGAACACAAUCGUGCGCAACUCGAUCGACAUGCACGGAGUCAUCAUGGACAGACCUUGGACUCGCAACAUGUUCGGCAUGGACACCACGACCGCCACCAUCAACGGCGACCGUGUGGUCGACAACUGGUGGUACAAGACCCGCCUCGGCUUCCCGCACAGGCUGCUGUUGCCUCUGGGACACCUCGGCGGUAUGCCGCUGCAGCUGUUCGUGAUCGUGACGCCCGUGCGCACUGGCUACGUUCUCCCGACCAUUGACAUGAGCAUCAUGAAGGACCGCCGCGUGUGUCGCUGGACCACAUGUAUCGACAGCAUGCCUCUUGGCUUCCCCUUCGACCGCGAUGUCGACGUCACCUGCUUCUACACGAAUAACAUGAAGUUCUUUGAUGUCAUGGUAUACAGGAAAGACAUGGGUCUUUCCAACACGGUGAAGCACAUGGACACCUCCGACCUAGUGAUGAAACGUGAUGACCUUACCUACCUGGACACCGACAUGCUGGUGCGAUGGUCCUACAAGGAUGUCAUGCUCAUGAGCACCGACCAGAUGAUGCGUAUGUAAUUCUAUACCAAAACCAAAUAGUAAUAUAGUACAGACUUCAAAUAAAGGCAUUUAUUAAAUGUAAA